AUGGAUGACUCCAUGGAGCUGUCAUGGGGCGCGCGGUGCGCGGGACUGGCCUUCUUCAGCCUGUCCAUCUUCUCGGUGGCGCUCGCCGCGGUGCUCCUGCUCGUCCGCCGGUGGCCCAACCCCUGGUGCGGCUGUCACGUGUGCCGGGCUUACCUCACGGGGUCGUGGGCCAAGGACUUCACCAACCUCGCCGACUGGUACGCACACCUACUGCGCGAGUCGCCGACAGGCACCGUCCAAUUCCACGUCCUCGGCUGCACCGUCACCGCCAACCCGGCCAACGUCGAGUACAUGCUCAAGACCCGCUUCGACAACUUCCCCAAGGGCAAGCGCUUCGCCGCGCUCCUCGGCGACCUCCUCGGCGCCGGCAUCUUCAACGUCGACGGCGACGCCUGGCGCCACCAGCGCAAGAUGGCCAGCCUCCAGCUCGGCAGCGUCACCGUGCGCUCCUACGCCUACAAGAUCGUCGCCCAGGAGGUGGAGGCCCGCCUCCUGCCGGUCCUGGCCGACGCCGCCGACAAGGGCAAGGUGGUCGACCUCCAGGACGUGUUCCGGCGGUUCGCCUUCGACACCGUCUGCAAGAUCUCUUUCGGGCUCGAUCCGGGCUGCCUCGACCUCGACAUGCCCAUGUCCGACCUAGCCAAUGCGUUCGACACCGCCUCGCGGCACUGCGCCAUGCGGGGCGCCGCGGCCUCACCAUUGGUGUGGAAGAUGAAGCGGAUGCUCAACAUUGGGUCCGAAAGGGAGCUUAAGAAGGCCAUCAAGCUCGUCGACAACCUCGCGUCCGCCAUGAUUCUGCAGCGGCGGACUCUGGGUUUCGACAACACCCACGACCUCCUGUCCCGCUUCAUGGCCUCGGAUGUCGCCAUGGACGACAAGUAUCUCCGCGACAUCGUCGUCAGCUUCCUCCUCGCCGGCCGGGAUACGGUCGCCUCCGCGCUUACCACGCUCUUCAUCCACCUGCACAAGAACCCUAAGGUCGCGGCCGCCAUUCGCGCGGAGGCCGGCGGCGACAAGCCGUCCUCCUAUGAGCACCUGAUGAGCCUGCAGUAUACCCACGCGGUGCUGUUCGAGAACAUGCGGCUGUUCCCGCCGGUGCAGUUCGACUCCAAGUUCUGCGCCGCCGCGGACGUGCUCCCGGACGGCACCUACGUGGAGGCUGAGUCACGCGUGAUGUACCACCCGUACGCCAUGGGACGCAUGCCCAGCAUCUGGGGCGCCGACUACGAGGCGUUCCGCCCCGACCGGUGGCUCACUGGACCUGGCGGCUCGUUCGCGCCGGCGAACCUCUACAAGUACCCGGUGUUCCAGGCCGGCCUCCGUGUGUGCCUCGGCAAGGAGCUCGCCAUAACUGAGAUGAAGGCGGUCGGCGUGGCCGUGAUGAAGGCGUUCGACGUGGAGGUGGUUGGAGAGCAUGGCCGUAGUGGCUGGGCACCGACGUUUGUGCCGGGGCUCACGGCGUCCAUCAGCGGCGGCCUCCCAGUGAGGAUCAUCAAACGCACUUUGACUCCGAAUUCAGGAUUCACAUAA